AUGGCGCAACCGCGAAAUAAUCCGUUUGCUAGGACUUCGCCCGGUCCUAGCAGCAACCGGCCGAAGUCCGCAGUCUUCUCCUCGCCAUCUCCGUUGUCGGCCGUGUCUACGCCCACAUCGCACGUCAGAAACAAUUCGACCGCCUCAAUAGCACCCGCAGCGCCUGCCGCCCCAGUCAUGUUCUCGGGGACCGGUCACUUCCGCCACAAUCGUUCGGAUUCGAGGAACAGUGGCUCUGGGACCUUUGCGCCCUCGUUCAUCAAGGCCGAGGAGACACGCCGAGGCUCCGACACGGUCAGAGGCAUCGAGGGAGAGAAUGACUUCUCAGGAAAGCGUUAUGUGUGGCUAAAGGACCCUCAAGCUGCUUUCGUGAGAGGAUGGGUGGUUGAAGAAACAGAAGGCAACAAAAUCCUCGUCCAGUGCGACGAUGGCACACAACGAGAAGUAGACGCGGAAAGCGUCGACAAAGUCAAUCCCGCCAAAUUCGACAAGGCAAACGAUAUGGCCGAGUUGACCCAUCUGAACGAGGCAUCUGUGGUCCAUAACCUCCACAUGAGAUACCAAGCCGACCUGAUUUACACCUAUUCCGGUCUCUUCUUGGUCACGGUCAACCCCUACUGCCCGCUACCCAUCUACACGAACGAAUAUAUCAAUAUGUACAAGGGCAGGAAUAGGGAAGACACAAAACCUCAUAUCUAUGCCAUGGCUGACCACGCCUUCCGCAACCUGGUGGACGAGGGCGAAAACCAGAGCAUUCUUGUCACUGGCGAGUCCGGUGCUGGCAAAACCGAGAACACCAAGAAAGUCAUUCAGUACCUUGCGGCUGUUGCUCACUCAGAGUCUCCGGUCAAGAGCAAGUCUCAACAGUCGAACCUCUCUCAACAGAUCCUCCGUGCCAACCCUAUCCUCGAAGCAUUCGGCAAUGCCCAAACGGUGCGCAACAACAACUCCUCGCGAUUCGGAAAGUUCAUCCGUAUCGAGUUCAACCGGGCUGGCUCAAUAUCUGGCGCAUUUAUCGACUGGUACCUGUUAGAAAAGUCUCGUGUCGUGAGGAUUAACGGACACGAGAGAAACUACCACAUCUUUUACCAGCUUCUUAAGGGCGCGGAUAGGAAGUUGAAGCAGGAGUUUCUCCUUGAUGGCCUGGACGUCGAGGAUUUUGCAUACACGCGCGCUGGUCAUGACACCAUUGUUGGAGUUUCCGACCGCGAGGAAUGGGACUUGUUGAUGGAGGCCUUCAGUGUGAUGGGUUUCUCAGACAAGGACCAGAACUCAAUCAUCCGCACCAUCGCUGCUGUUUUGCACCUCGGAAACAUUUCAGUUGUGAAAGAAAGUCGUGCCGCAGACCAAGCCCGGCUGGCCCCCGAUGCCAAGGAACAAGCAGCCAAGGUGUGUAAGCUGCUCGGUGUCCCGCUUGAGCCGUUCCUGCAAGGCCUCCUUCACCCCAGAGUCAAGGCUGGUCGCGAAUGGGUCGAAAAGGUCCAGACUCCUGAACAGGUCCGUCUGGGACUUGACGCCUUGUCCAAGGGUAUCUAUGAAAGGGGCUUCGGCAACCUCGUUACACGCAUUAACCGCCAGCUGGAUCGUGCGGGUAUGGGACUGGACGAUUCACGCUUCAUUGGCGUCUUGGAUAUCGCUGGUUUCGAAAUCUUCGAGGAGAACAGCUUCGAGCAGCUCUGCAUCAACUACACCAACGAGAAGCUCCAGCAGUUCUUCAACCACCACAUGUUCGUACUCGAGCAAGAAGAAUAUGCAAGGGAACAAAUCGAAUGGCAAUUCAUUGACUUUGGUCGAGACCUCCAGCCCACAAUCGACCUCAUCGAGCUGCCCAAUCCCAUCGGUAUCUUCUCUUGCUUGGACGAGGAUUGCGUGAUGCCCAAGGCCACGGACAAGUCAUUCACCGAAAAGCUGAACUCCUUGUGGGACAAGAAGUCGAACAAGUAUCGACCCUCUCGGCUAGGCCAAGGCUUCAUCCUCACACACUACGCAGCUGAAGUUGAGUAUUCCACCGACGGCUGGCUGGAGAAAAACAAGGAUCCCUUGAAUGAUAACAUCACUCGCCUUCUUGCCUCCUCCACAGAUAAGCACAUUGCCGACCUUUUCGCCGACUGUGCCGAUGUAGACGACGACCUCGGCGCUAGCCGCAACAGGGUCAAGAAGGGGCUGUUCCGAACCGUAGCUCAGCGCCAUAAAGAGCAGCUUCACAGUUUGAUGGCUCAGCUCCACUCGACUCACCCUCACUUCGUUCGCUGUAUCCUGCCGAACCAUAAGAAGAAGCCCAAACAGUUUAACAAACUUCUCGUCCUCGACCAGUUGCGAUGCAAUGGUGUCCUUGAAGGAAUCCGCAUUGCUCGAACCGGUUUCCCCAAUCGUCUCCCCUUUGCGGAAUUCCGUCAGCGCUACGAGGUGCUCUGCAAAAAUAUGCCCAAGGGCUACCAGGAGGGUCAAGCUGUGGCAGCAAUGAUGCUUGAGAAGCUCGGAAUGGAUAGGAGCUUGUACCGCGUGGGUCUUACGAAGGUAUUCUUCCGAUCUGGUGUCCUGGCCGAAUUGGAAGAACAGCGCGACGCCCUUAUCACUGAGAUCAUGUCUCGAUUUCAGUCUGUUGCACGCGGCUACAUCCAGCGGCGUGUUGCCUACAAAAGACUGUUCAGAACCGAGGCCACCCGGAUUAUCCAGCGAAACUUUAACACCUACCUUGACCUUAUGGAAAACCCGUGGUGGCAGCUUGUUAGCAAGAUGAAGCCCCUCUUGGGAGCCACUCGCAGCGCCACGGAAGUUAAGAAGAGGGACGCAAUGAUCCGCCAGCUUCAGGACAAGAUGAGGCAAGAGUCUGACGACCGCCACAAGCUAGAGGAGGACAGACGUAACGUCCACAACGAGAUGGUCCGCAUCCAGCAGACAUUGGAGAGUGAGCGUGCACUUGCUCUAGACAAGGAAGAAAUUUUCAAGCGCCUCCAGGUGCGAGAGGCGGAACUCGAGGAGAAGCUCUCCGGCGCCAUAGAAGACCAGGAGAGGCUGGAGGACCAACUCGACGACCUGCUGGAAGCUAAGAAGAGGGCCGAACAAGAGGUCGACAAGUACCGUGCUCAACUGGAGCAAGCGGCUUUGCUGAUCGCGAGAUUGGAGCAAGAAAAAUCGGAACUCUCAACACGAACCGAAGAACUGGAGCGCUCCAUCGAAGAAAUUUCCCAAAAGCAGUCCGAGCGCAGUGAGCAGGAACGACUGCUCGAGGAUGAGAUCAAGAUGUUACAAAGUCAGCUCAAUCUCAAGGAUCGUAAAGCACGAGACUUGGAGAGCAAGCUUCUCAAGGUAGACCAAGAUCUCGAAGUCAAGUUGCGAACCGCACAAAAAGAACUUCAGUCGUCUAAGUCGAGAGAAUCCCAGCUUGCUCUCGAGAACCGCCAGGUUCAGCAGCAACUCUCCGAACUAUCAAAGACCUCGACAGAUUAUGAAGAUCUUGUGCGGAAGAAGGAGAGUGAACUUUCCGUCCUCCGAGGCGAUAACAAGAAGUACGAGAUGGAGCGUCGUACCUUCGAGGAACAAAAGAAAUCUUUGGUGUCCGAGAAGGAAAACGCUGCUGCUAAGCUUCGCGAGGUCCAGGCUGAGAUAAGUGCCAUCAAGUCGCAACAGUCUCAGCUUGAGAGAGAAGCUGAAGACGCCAAGAAGCUCCUCGAAACUCGCCUCUCCGAGGACGCUCAAGCAGACAAGAACCGUCAAGUUCUGGAGGCCCAGAUCAAGGACCUCAAGGACGAACUCUUCAACAUCCAAAAGGAGCUCAGCAGGGAACGCCAAUCCCGCGAUGACGUCCUCCUACUCAGCGAGCACAAGUUCAACGCCUUGCAGGAAGAGUAUGAUCACCUGAACGAAUCGAAGAUCAUUAUAGAAAAGGAGCUCUACGUUCAGCAAGACAACCUGCGUCGGACCAAGGAAGCUCGCGACAUGGCGGAACGGGAACGCGACGAGGCGAGGCAGGAAAUCAGACGCCUCCGUGUCGCUAAGACCCAAGCUGAAGAAGCUCGUAUGCAAGCCGAAGUUGAAGGCGAACGGGCUGCUUCUCGAGCCGCUCGUGAGAGAGAGGAAAGCGUACGAAAGGACCUGGAUGCCGCCCAAGAGCGACUAAAGUGGUUUGAAGACGAGUGUGCCAACCUCAAUCGUCAAGUUGAGGACCUCAACAAACUCAUUCUCUCUUCCGGAGAAUUCGGGCUUAAGAAUGAUCAGGAGAAGGAGCGACUCGAGCGAGAGUUGGUUACUGUCAAGGGCCGUCUGACGGCCUCGGAAAACGACAAUCGUGCCCUUCUCAACAAACUCCAGCAAAAAGGGCUUGAAAUCGCCCGUUCCAGUUCGAGAGCGAGCGAAGCCUCGAGGAGCCAAGUGCUGGGCCUGCAACGUGAGAAGGCUCGAGCUGACGAGCAAAACACACACUUGAACAAGCAGCUCGGUGAGGCUCAAUUCACAAUCGCUGGCCUGGAGAAGAAGGUAGAAAAGUUGCAACUCAACUUGGAGGACCUAAACCACGAGGUAGCCCGGGAAGCUAAGACCUCGAGGAACGCCGAAAAGACCGCGUCGACGGCCACGGUGCAACUAGCGGAGGCCAACCGGACCAUCGAGUCUGAACGUCAACUUCGCACGCAGGCGCAGGCCACUGCUCGCACUCUGCAGUCGACGAUGGAAGCUAGGGAGAAGGAGUUGCAGGAGUUGAGAGCUCAGAUGCUGAAGGUCCUCAAGACGGUCGAUCCCGAAGUUGUUAUCCCGCCUCAAGCGGACGGCACAAACGAGGGCGCGCUUAGCAAGAAAUUCGACCUGGUUAGGAAAGUCGAGGAUCUCCAGCAAAACCUUCGUGUCCAAACCGCUGCGCGGACAAACGCUGAGGCACAGCUGGCUGAGCUGCGCUCUGCCCGGGUUGACUCUCCCAUAAGAGGCAAGCUCGAAGAGAUCAGUCCUAAUGAGGCCCCUUUCAAUGGUUCGCCAACUUUCCGGCGGUCCAAGUUGCAGACGCGUCAGUACUCGAACAAUUCGACUCCGACUCGACGAUUCGAACCGGAACCUCUCGACUCGGCCCGCUCCGACAAGACUGCAGACAUUUUGAGCUUCAACAACCGCAUGGAUCUGAAGGCCGAAGUUGAGGAGCUGCAGAACCAGCUUCAGGUCGCCGAAAUGCAGAACCGGCAUCUCCAGAGCCAACUCGAGCGUAGCUCGUCGUCUCCGGAAGAUUUCGACGAAAACUCUUCGGUUCUUCGUGUGCAGAAACUUGAGAAGGUCAACAGCCGCUUGCAUGACAUGCUGGACGACUCGGCUAAGAAGGUAUCGGCUCUGGAGAGAAGCGUCAGGACUGGCGAGUUGUCCCUGCGUGAUAUUCAGACCCGAUCGCAUGAGGAGAUCCUUGACGCGCUUAACAGCCAAGAAGAGGCGCGUCGCUCACUUCUGCAUAGCCAUAGGGAUGCCAUCUCGGAACUUUCAGACGUCAAGAACCAUUUCGAAAAGAUGCGCCACGAUCGGGCUGCCCUCGAAGUCGAACUCCGCGACACCAGGUCCGAGCUUGAGGAGAUGACGAUGGCUCGUGAACAAGAAGCCGCCAGCCGGAGCCAGCUCCUGCAAGAGUUUUCCGAUCUGCAAAUCCGACUUGACAACGAAACAUCCAAACUUGCCGACGUUGGAUCCAGCUUGAACUUGUACAAGAGUCGUGCUGAUGAGUAUUUCAGUAAAUUGGAGCAAGCGGAAAUUGCGGUUCUGAAGGCCAGCCGUGCAGAACAGUUUGCGAAGACGCAAGCUAAGGAAGCCGAACAGACAUAUGCCGAGAUCAUUUCCGAGAGGGAAAAGAUGGACUCCACUAUCGAGGACUUGCAACGCCAGAACCAGAGGCUCGAGGAGAAGCUCGAGGACCUUUCGACCGAUCUGGAUGCCGCCACCCAAGCCAAGAAGCGCCUGCAGCACGAGCUCGAGGAUUACCGUAACCAGAGAGCCAAUGAUAUCGAGGACAAGGAAAUGAGCAUGGAGCAGACUCGCAAGAAGUACCAGGCCGAGUUCGCCACGCUGACCAAGGAGCUGGAUUUGGCCCGUGAGGAGAAGCUCUUUAAGCAAGCUGAAAUCGCCCGCUUGCGUGAGGAGCUUGAUGAGCUCCGCUCUAAGUGGGACGAUGAAGUUCUCAACAGCUCGACGUGGUCUAAGGAGAAGGCCCGCCUUGAGUCAACCCUGGCCGAUGUUGUGUCCUCGCGCGACGAGGCUGUGAAUGCUCACAGCGAGGCACAAGGCAAGAUUGUAACCCUGCUGUCCCAAGUUCGGUCUCUCCGCGCAUCAGUGGACGAAGUCACUUCCGAGCGAGACUCACUGGUUCGGGAGAAGCGCAGUAUCGAGGCUCGCCUGGAGGAGGCCAAGGCCGGUCUCGAGGAUCUCACAAACGGCGACAGCGCCUCCCUACGUGACGCUGCAAAUAUCGACAAGGAAAUGCUGGAGCUGAAAUCUAAUCUGGCACAGAAGGAGGACAUUGCCGCCGCUGCGGUGGAGAAGAUGAGACGCGCUGAGGCCUUGGCGUCGGAAAUGCAAAAGGAAGCCAUGGUCGAACGGGAGGCCAGCACCCAGCUUCAGAAAGACAAGGCUGCCCUUGAGAAGGCUCUCAACGAGAUUCAAAUCAGAUGUGUCGAUCUUGAAACCAAGGGCUACUCCAGUGCCAGCCACGAUAUCAAGUUUCUGCACAAACGCAUUCAAGAGCUUGAGUCCCAACUCGAAGAGCACGAGAACGAACGAAACAAGUCUCAGCGAUCGGUCCGCAACGUUGACCGGAUUGUCAAGGACCUUCAGGGCCAGAUCGACCGCAAGGACAAGCAGAACACGCAGCUACAGGACGAUGUGGCCCGCAUGCGUGACAAGGCCGAGAAGCUUCUGCAAACGAUCGAGGAGCUUCAGUCAUCGGAGUCUGAAAACCAGCUCCAAGCACGCCGUGCUGAACGAGAACUCCGCGAGGAGAAGGAGAGGGCCAUGCGCCUCGAGCGUGAGCUUGAAGGCAUCAAGGCAUUGAGGUUCGAAAAGGGAGCCGCCUCCGCCAUGGGAAGCGUUCGCGGUGCGUGGCGAACGGGGUUCAGCGUCGACGAUGAUACCGCCUCGAUGAUUUCUGUGCCCAAGCGGAAAAGCAGCCUUAGUCGGGCGCCCAGUCUCACCAAGGGUUUCUUGUAA